GGCAGUCACGUGAUGCGGCACAGCAAAUCAACAUUUGUAUUGUAAGGUGUUUUUUUUGGUACCUGCUCGAGCUUCUCUGUCCACGGCUCAAAGAUGGCUCAAACAGAAAAUAAGAUGUUGGUUUUGGGAGCGUUGGCUGGAGUAGCUGGUGUCAGUUUAGCUGUGGUCUGCUACCAGGGCUUCAAGUCCAGGCAGACAGGCUCAUGGAUGAUGCUGGACCCGAGAAGCACAAAAGGACAGGCAGCAGGCACCAUGUUUGUGGAUGGUCCAGGUGUGGCUGGGAGUCAGGCUGAUGUGCUGGAGCGCCUUGAAGCCUUGAUCCACUGUGUGUCUGACCUGAAGGAUGAGAUAAAGGCAUUGAAAAAUGCUCUGCCGACACUACAGGCCCAAGUGACAGAGAAACUAAGAGGUGACAGUGCGGCAGGAGGUCCUCUCCAUAGGACAAUCCCGACGCGGAGGAAAAGGGCUGCAGGAACGGCGACUGGAGUCAGAACUGGGAGUAGGAGCUCAGAGGAAGCAGAGAGUGAGGGAGGGUAUAUUACUGCACUCACAGACUCUGAGGAAGAAGAUCUAAGUGAUGCAGAACAGACGGAUGAAGAAGAACAUGUGGACAAGUUAUCAGCUCUUCUUCAGCAAGUUGACAGUUUGCAUCGUGGUUCUGAAUCUGACAAGAGAGAAAGUCUGAGAAUCCUCUUGGAGCACACAGAAGAGUUUGGGCAGACCUCCACAUUUCUUUGGCGACUCAUCCGAGCCUAUAGCGACAUCCAUGACAUAAGUUCUACCAUGGAAGAGAAGAAGACCCAUGCUGAAAGUGGAAAGAAAAUUGGUGAGGAUGCAGUGAAACUGAACCCAACAUGUGCUGAAAGUCAUCAGUGGUAUGCCAUCAUAUGUGGAAUUAUGGCAGACUAUGACACAAUGCAGAACAAGAUAAAGAAUGGAUACAUCUUUAAGGAUCAUCUGGAUAAAGCCAUUGAGCUGAAGCCACAUGACCCCUUCUCCUAUUACCUGCUUGGCCGUUGGUGCUACGCUGUGGCUCAGCUAUCUUGGAUUGAGAGAAAGGUUGCUGCCACAUUAUUUGGAGAGCCUCCAAGUGCCACAAUUGAAGAUGCACUGAAGAAUUUUCUUAAGGUUGAGGAGAUCCAGCCAGGAUAUUCCAAGACCAACUAUGUAUUUCUUGCCAAGUGCUACAAAGACCUAGGGCAGCAGGGGAAUGCAAGAAAGAUGUGUGAAGCUGCUUCUUCAAUGAGUACCACCUCCAAAGAGGAUGAAGAGGCGCAGAAGGAGCUGGACUUACUUUGGCCACUGCUAGACAUUUGACAGAGCUGUCAAGUACCACAUUCCUGACUAUAUUCUGGGUGUGCUGUGAGUGAGUGUUGUGAUGCCAUGAUGAUAAUUCACUCUGUGAGUGAAGGGAGCCUGCUGCUGCAUUCGAUCACCAUCUGCAACAGUCGGCUCUUGAGAAGCUUUUUGAAUCAGUCAUGCGGACUUGUGUUGUGCUCAUCCAGAUUGUUUUGUCAGUUGUGCAAAGCAAUCUUUGCAUUCCAGAUUAUAUCAGAUUUUUUUUUUUCCUGUCUGCACAUAACGUACUGUCUGUUAGAAUGAUGUGUACAAGGUGGAUGAAGAUUUAACAAUGGUUCAGCAGUGUGUUGUAAACUGUAGAAGAGUGGAAUGAUUCCUGCAGCUUCAUGUGAUUGUACUCUGGACAGCGUUUCUCAAUGUCUGACCAGUUAGAAGCUUCCUUCUGGUCGCUGUGAUGCAUAGCCACAUAACUUUUCCUUGACAAUAAAUGCCCCUCACUCUUUGAAAAAGUGGACCACAGUUGUUUGUCCAUCCUUCUAUGACCACUUAUAUUUCCAUCAUCAUGACAAAAGCAAACAGUAGCACCCCAAAGAAGUUUUUUCCCAACUGUCUUACUACCACAUUAUUUUUUACACCCUGCAAUUUGUAUAAUCCACGUUGAUGAACAUUCUCGAUCAUCUUCUUGAUACCUGCCUCACGUCAACACUUUGCGUUGGCAUCUGUCCAUUAAAGACAUCUGUCUUUCGUCCUCGGCUACACCUCUCACUGACAGACAUCUCUCUGUAACUGCAUUUUAACAAGCUGUACAUAAAACAGCAUGACUGUUCUACAUGUUUCUACUUGGACGUCUCCCACAUAGAUGCAUCAUCGUCUUCACAGUGGCUUCAUUUCCUGCUUUCACUGAUUAAAGUC